UUUCCGAUAUUUACUUACACAAUAGUAUCUCUAUAACACUGAUAGACCGAAGACGUGUCUGUUGUCUGAUACUGAGGCAUGUGAUAAUGUUGAAUUAAAUAGUUUUCUCAAAUUAUUACAAGUAUCAACGUGCCAGUGUCAACAUUAUGUUAGGUGUCUCUCUCAGUGCUUCAUAGAUUAGCGCUAUCAAGCAGUGUUAAUGUGGGAAAUACAGGGUAGGCUAGUUGAUGGCCAGGAAAUUGCGGUAAAGAGGUUGUCAACAAGCUCUGGACAAGGAAAUGUAGAAUUCAUGAACGAGGUAAGAUCGAUCGCAAAGCUUCAACAUCGAAAUCUCGUACGUCUCUUUGGUUGCUGCAUUGAGAAAGAGGAGAAGAUGCUGAUCUAUGAGUACUUGGAAAAUAACAGCGUAGACUCUAUUUUAUUUGACCAAGCAAAGAAUUCCAAGCUAGAUUGGCCAAUGAGAUUCAAUAUCAUAUGUGGAAUCGCCAAAGGGUUACUUUAUCUUCACCAUGACUCAAGAUUUAGAAUUAUCCAUAGAGAUCUCAAGGCAAGCAAUGUUCUACUUGAUAGAGAUAUGAAUCCAAAGAUAUCGGAUUUCGGAACUGCUAGAAUUUUCGACAAUGAUCAAACACACUCUAAUACAAAGAGAGUUGUUGGAACAUAUGGCUAUAUGUCUCCUGAAUAUGCAAUGGGUGGAUACUUUUCGGUGAAAUCAGAUGUUUUUAGUUUCGGAGUUCUCGUGUUGGAGAUCAUAAGCGGCAUGAAGAAUAGAGGAUUUCAUUUCUCCGAUGACCUAAAUCUCCUUGGACUUGCAUGGAGGCUAUGGAACGAAGGAAAAGCGUUGGAGCUAAUAGAUUCGUCUUAUGCAGAUUCGUAUUCAGAAUCUGAAGUUAUAAGAUGCAUAAAUGUAGGCCUAAUAUGUGUCCAAGAGAAAAUAGAAGACAGGCCUACAAUGCCUUCAGUGGUGAUGAUGUUGAAUAGCGAAACAACAACGCUGCCAAAUCCGAAGCAUCCCGGAUUCGUCCUUGGAAGAAAUCCAGGUGAAUCCAAUUCAUCUUCGGCUAGGCAAGAAGAAUCACACUCAAUAAACCAAGUCACAGUUACAAUAGUAAAUGGCAGAUAGAUAAAUUAUGUACGAGUCAUGUUGUUUUCGACACAUCGAGAUUUUAUAUCAUGUCAAAAUUUGAUGUAUCCAAUUCAACUAUAUCAUUAUAAGAUUGUAUGAGUACAAAAUGAGUGUUAAUUAACCGUAUC